CAAAUUUGGUCUUCGAACUGAUUAGAUCGCAAAAAAAAAACAAAAAUUAAAUUGAAAAGGAACACUAAUAUUUUGGAAAGAAUUCUACGUAAUGCUGCACCGGGUUAAUUUUUAUGAUGGCAAUAACAUGCGCGGGCGGCCACAGCACUUUGGACAGAGAGAACUAUUUGGCAACCCGCACAAUGGUUUCGGUGUUCAAUCUGGCAAUGGAGUCAACGUGCAGCUCAACGAGAGACGCGACUGGCUAUUCCAUUUGGGCUUGAGCCCCAGCUGUGCCCAUGAUCUAGCGGUGCAUACACUCGAGCAGCCAGAGUUCAACCUAACCCACUUUCAGCAGCAUUGGAAACGCCUUAGCCUGCAGCUGGGCCUCGGACGACAGGCCGAGGUGGAUGCCAUAGUUUUACGUAAAAUCCGAGAGCUUCUGCAUCGUCAAAUGGCCCCAUCGAGUUAUCCCAGAACACCGUCACCACCACGCGGCAUCAACUGGAACUCAAGUCGUGGAAAUUCGCCAGAUUGUGAUCCUAUUCCCUUGGCAUAUCUCGCUGAUAACAGGAAUGACCACUACCCGGAACGCAGAUUGACUUCCACGCCUGUGGGAGAAAUGGGCUUUCGACCACCUGACUUGCAUCGAAGAGAACCAGAUGUAUACAAUAUAGAUGCAGAUCCACGAAAUCUGGAGGAUAACUUUCAUGGAGAGCAGGCAAAUCAUUUUACCCCAUACAACAACAAUAACAAUAAUUAUCGGAACCUUAACUACCCCACCGAUAAAGUCUAUAAUAUAGAUUCAGAUCCCCGCAACAUUGAAGAUGAUUUUGCCCCACCACACACUAACAAUUUUGUAGGUUGCCCCGUUCAACAUAUAAAAAGUUCUGAAAACAAUGCGUUCUUCAAACACAAUUACCAUCGUCGGUUACCUGCUUUAUCCAGCGAUAAAUUUCAUUUUAACAGAGAACAGCUUCCAUUCAGAAAUUUAAAUAAUGUACAAUUCCAAAAUGCAUUGGAGCCCACGUUUAGGCGACUUAGUGGCAGAAAUGAUGCUGGGAACAAUAAAAAUUUGAAUUCAAAUCAGUUGCCAAACAUUUACCGAGACAGGGGACCCCAUAGAACCGAAAAUACCGCGUUUUCAAACGCCAGAAACGGGCACUGUAAAGGCAGAGGAUGUAAACGCGCUGCUGAGCCAAGCAAUGGGGAACUUGACCAAAAUAAACGCAAGAGGCGCAUUAUAGAGCAAGUGGAUCAAUUAUUUAAAAUAGGCGACUUUGAAAUGCCCUAUCUUCAAAGCAACUGGAAGCCGCUACCGCAGCCGGAGAGCAAAUCAUAUGCAAUUAAGUUCUUUCGACGUAAGCACUGCAGUAUUGUUGGUGGAAAGGAGGCGGUGCCUCCACAGGCACCAGCUCGGAAUACCCCGAUACUAUCUUUAAACUAUAGUCGCGCUGCAGCCAAGCGAUUUCGUCAGGCCCUCCGCGAUGAGUGGACGGAUAUAUACAGGAACAUGAACUACAGAAGCUGGGAUAUUUGGUGGAAAGACUUCAAGUGGUGUGAGGCGGGCAUCGAUAAAGAGCUCGAGCGCUUUAAAGGCAUUAAUUUAAGAUACUCAUUUCUGCAUGUUAAAAUGAGCUAUGACAGGCCGGAGGCAAUUAAGACACUCCUGCACUCGGCUCAUUUGGCGUUGGAGUUGAACAAGACGAAUUUUCAAUCGAUAAUGGGCACCAUUUUUGAAUUGACAAACGAGUCCUUCUUGGAGAAAUUAGACUCGGAACAUAUGUGCCAACUGCAGGAUAUCAUACGUUACAUACCGAAUCACUUGUGGGUCUACAAGAUGCGCAGCAUGGUUUAUUUGUGGUCUCGUUACAGUCGUAUUCGAACAUCGGCCAAUCCUUCAAACAGGGAACUCUGGGCCACGCAGACACAAUGGAACAGUGCCCUGUUUCACUGGCUAGCUAAACAGGCCUACGUAGAGCUCAAGACUGUCAGUGAAGUCGAGUGGACUGAGCACAGUAAAAUGUAUCCAUUGCUAUAGUAAACUUUAUUUGUAUUUGGGAAUAUGUAUUUAUGGACUC